AUGAGUGCGCAUUGGAGUACACCGUUCGCUCCACCGCAUAACACGGUGCCUGACCAGUACGACGCUCCCUCCGUAUGCUCUGAGGCCAGUGUGGAGAAUCAGAGUGAAAAAGGAAGGACCAUGCCUCUGUCUAAACCAGAGAAGCUGUUAGAACAUGAGCUCAGCUGCCCUAUCUGCCUACAGCUCUACACAAAUCCGGCCUAUCUGCCCUGUGGCCAUAACUACUGCCUUGCCUGCAUUAACGCUACAGACACCCGCAGUGGAGAGAAGAGCCUACCUCGCUGCCCUGAGUGCAGAGAAGAGUACAGUGGUACAGAGACACUGCACAAGAACUUCAAGCUCUGCGGCAUCAUAGAAGGCUACAGGGCCAUUGRGCUAGAGGAGAACCUUGGGAGAGAGCCGCUGGAGGUACGCUGCGACCACUGUCUGGACACAGAGACGUUGARCAUCAAGACCUGCCUAAAGUGUGAGAUGUCCCUGUGUGCCAGGCACCUGCAGCGCCACUCUGAGAGGGAAUCCUUCCGUAGCCAUGACCUGGUGGAGCCCCAGACUAAGCUGGGCCUGAGGAGCUAUGAGGUCCUAGAGAGCCGGAGCAAGGAGGUGGCCAACAGGCUGCAGCUGACCGAGACCCUGUUGCAGAGGGCUGCUGAGGACCAGGGCACCUCUGAUGCUGUGGGGGACAAGRUGAUGUCUACUGCUGUGGCCCUAAUGGACAGCAUGGCUGGCCUGGUGAGCAGGUACAGGGACAGGAUGAGCCUGCUGCUGGAGGAGGAGAGAGGCCAUCAGAGGAAGAUCUGGCAGAGUGGCCUGGGGCUUCUAGAGGAACAGCAGAUGGAGCUGAUGGAGGCCAACCAGAGCACUGCCGAGGUCCUCACAGUGACAGAUAAGCGUCUGUUCAUCCACAAGUUCCUGCUGAUCGAAUCCCAACUCACGGAGGUGGUGACAGGCACUGUGGCCAGACUGCUCUCCAAAGAGCCUCUCAACACCAAGCGMCUCCAAGCCAGCCUGAGGAAGAAGGACUUCAGGGCAGAGAUGGGCCAGCUCCUCCAGGCCCUCAACGUCCAGCUCAACCCUCUGGAGUUGACCUUCAACAUCACCACAGCGCACCCCAGGCUGCUGCUCUCCAACGACCAGCGGACAGUCAAGUACAUUGGCACCAAGCAGGCCUCCACUGAUAACCCAGAGAGGUUCAGUACCGCGCCCCAGGUCCUCUGCUCCCAGAGCUUCACAAGUGGGGAGCACAUCUGGGUGGUGGAGGUGGGCGACCAGAGCAUGUGGUCAGUGGGCUUGUGCUACAAGAGCGUGCCCCGGAGGGGUGACCACAGCCGGCUGGGCCACAACCCAGUCUCCAGGCGCCUGCAGUGGAAGAACAAGAAGCUGACGGCGUGCCAUGCCUCCUCAAACAUGGCGCUGGCUGAGAAGACGCUGAGGGUGGAGGUGGCGCUGGACUAUGAGGGGGGCACACUGAUCUUUCACAGCACCAAGGGCUGUUGGGAGCACCUGCACACAUCGAGGAACCUGUGUACCCUGCGUUCAGCAUCCACUCCGCCACAGCACAGUCCUGGAUCACCCUCCAGAGUGGAGUGUGACACCUCAGCAUCCACUCCGCCACAGCACAGUCCUGGAUCACCCUCUAGAGUGGAGUGUGACACCUCAGCAUCCACUCCGCCACAGCACAGUCCCGGAUCACCCUCCAGAGUGGAGUGUGACACCUCAGCAUCCACUCCGCCACAGCACAGUCCUGGAUCACCCUCCAGAGUGGAGUGUGACACCUCAGCUUUCCUGUAUGUCCAUCUAUUAACCUUGAAGUGCCUUUGUUACUAA